CUCAUUUGGUUUUGACCAUUUCCGUUGUGAGACGUCAAAUUCAAAUGUUGUGUUUACAAAAUAUUUGUAAUGGCGAUUAGUGGACAUGUUUAGGAUUUUUCUGGCUAAUAUAUUUCAUUUUUCGGGUUUUACUCUUAUUUUGUGUGAAUUUUAAUAGUGUUUAACUGAUAUGGAGACGUGUCUAAGAGGAUUUUCUUUUAUGUCUGAUAGUAAAGUGGAACUGAUGGAUUUGCAGUAUAUUGAAGGUGGCAAACUAGAGAGGGCGUGGAAGAGCACGCGGAGAGAACGACUAAAGCAACGGGAGGAGAAGAUAUGGGAUGAGUUUGUGAAGGAAAAAGAUGUAGUUAAGGAUGCGUUUAGUGAUGAUCCCUAUCAGUUUUUGGAUGAGUUGCCGGAUUCUUGCCUUGAUGAAAUAAUGGAUACUCCGAAAAUGUGUUCGAAGGAAAAUAUCGCAGAAGCCAGAGGAAAAGAGCAAGACAACGGCGACAGCGAUGACAACCAACACACAUGUGUCGUCACGUUCGCUGACGAGAUCGACAAGGAUGAUUGUGACGUGUUCCGUAUAUUUGACGACGAACCUUCAGGCGAUGAAGAGCCAAUGAAUGAGUCCACAAGCCCGACCACGGUACGCGAGAAGGGAGCUGACGAUCCAUCUGGAAACAACACCCCUGACCGACCUAACAGCGGUGACAAAACUUCCAGUAAAUCGUCUGAGAAUGUGACGAAUGUCAUCGAGAGUAGCAUUUACUGUGCUAAGGUGAAGGAUCUGAGGAUGAAACUUAACGAAGAAUUUUUGGCUAUGAUGACGACUCUGGACCGUCGAGACAUACUGACCGCCGAGCCAGAAGAUAUCUGCCGCAUGAUCAAGCGAUCAGCUGAGUUCUGUACCAGGUUCAACAGGAUUUACAUGUAUCAAUUGCAAAGACAGAUGCACGAUGUAAAACGAAACAACAGCGUGACUCUGCCGUUUGCGAAGCACACACAGUUCCAGUCGCAGAUGGUGCGGAUCGUGUCCCUCCAUCAGAAUCUAUUGCAGUCUUUUCAGGUGUUCCACAAGUCGUUCUCGCAGACGUGCUGCGUGCGCGAGUCGGCGGCGUCGCUGGGCGCGCUGCUGGGCGCGGCGCGCGCCGCCUCGCUGCUGUGCGCCGCCGUGCCGCCGCCGAGGGACUUCGGCGCCGCCGCCGACCUCUACAAGGACGAUCUACUGGUGACAUGCGAUAAAUUUGAAGAAGUCGUCAACGAAUACGCAAUCAGAUGCGAAGAGUUUUUGAACAGUUUUGAGAAUGUGCAGAACAUGACAUAUCCCAAAAAACCGAAAAGAGUUAAGAAAAGAUCCUUUGGACCGUGGGCUAAAAAUACUCCGAAGAAUCGAAAUACAACAGUUGCUGAGACGGAAGCCCGUCUCUCCAUGUACUCCUUGGAUACCCUGCGACUUAACUUCAACCCUAAGACUUCGAUCUCCAAAGACAACCAGGCCGGCAGCUCGUCUAAGAUGCGUGGCGGUAUGAAUACUUCUGGCGGUAUCUCGAAGCGUGGUCAAACCGACAAAACUGCAGAGCCGCCUAAAAAUAUCAGGAAAUCGCCACGGAAUCGUCGUCCCCUAAUGCGCGACCCUCACGCGGGGCAGCCGCCGCUGCGGCAGCGCGCGCCGCGCCCCUCUAGAGACUGCGACAUCCGCACUAUGGUGGAGGCCGUCGACACGUGCGCAUCGAGCCACAUCAGCCGCGAGCCCAGCCCGCACUCGUCGCACCCGUACUCGCACGGGCCGCACCACGCGCACGGGCCGCACGCGCACGGGCCGCACGCGCACGGGCCGCACGGGCUGCACAGCAUGCACGGGUCGCACAACCUGCACGAGCAGCACAGCGGGCGCGGCCCGCACCCGCCGCCGCACGCGCCGCGCCGCAACAAGUCCAGCACGCCGCGCCGCCCCGCGCACAGCCCGCGCUCCACGCACUGCCUGCUCACCGCCAGGAAACCUCAACCACCGUCGCCACACAUGCGAUCUCCAACCGAGCAUCACAAGGAAAAGCCAGCUGUAGCCCCCACUCCAAUGGCUCCAAACAACCUGAUAGCCACGCUGAACACCAUGAAGCCGGACCCUUCGGAGCCUGACUCCAACCAGGUGACGCCGGUGUGCAUGAUCCAGUGCGCCAUGAAGCGGGAGCUGGAGGAGGAGGGCAAGCCGGGGGAGUGCAGCCGCCAGGAGCCGCCCGCGCCCGGCGGACAGGGCGCCCUGCCCGCCAGGGGGCGCGACGACGCCGGGGAUAAGGGGCAGAUACACAGGGAACGGACCAAGACCUCCAGUCUUGUACCAGAUCGGUGCGAGGUGACAAGACUUCUCAAACAAUUGUGCAGUGGCGAUACAUCCAGGGCAGAGCGUGUGACGGGGAGCAAGAAUGCUCAGUUGCUGUACAUCAACGGCAGCAGUCCUCGACAGCCGAGUACGCCGCAGUUGCUCAGAAUACUAGAAGAGACAAUUCAGAAGAAGGUUCCUAAGCCGCUGUUCCAGAAGCCAUCGUCAGCCCGCGGCCCGGACCGCUACCGGCUGACCUUCAACAUCGCGGAGAAGACCACCGACAUGAUGUUCCAGUACCGCACCAAGUUCGUGCAGCACAUGCUCACCAGCUCGCUGUACGCCAACAGCGUAUUCGGCAAGCCUUGGGAGAUGAUUGGAAGUAUAUCGGAACAGAUCAUCGACGAGCUGUUGCUAGGCUGCAUGAAGGAGAUGGAGCUCAGAGACCUGAUACAGGAGCUGUACAAGCGCGAGACCAUGACCUAGCCGCCGCACUACACACAGUGUCACGGCACAUUUUAUACGAGUUGUUGUUUUAUUAAAAUUAUUAUAAAUA